AAGCAAACUUGCGAGACGCCCAACAUAGACAAACCACACUCCGUAGCCAUUUUGGCUCAAGGCCGUUCUAGCUCCAGAACGCAUGCGGAUUCAGCCUCCCUUCUUUGGGAACGCGGGGCCUCUUCCCCGAGCAUCGCCUGGGACGGCAUGCCAGGCUCGCAGGCCUGUGCCUCGCCGUGCGGAAGAGGUAGUAUGGCCAAGCUUGGCGCGAGGUGUUGCAGGCUAUACCAGCGCGGGUGCUGCCUGAGGGGCAGGGAGUGCCCGAUGCUGCACGCCGUGCACCUGACGACGGGCGCCGCGCCGGCGCACCCGGGCAAGCCAGACAACAGCGAGAGCGACAGCAGCCGCGAGGACAAUUGGACGUCGAGCUCCUGCAGUCGCAGCUGGGCGGACAUGUCCGAGGGCCUGUGUGCCGUCCAGCCAGCCGAGCCCCCCCGUGCCUGGUCCACCGGGGCCGCCUCGUCCUGCGAUGAGCUUCCGUCCUUCGACGAGCGCAUCGCCUAUAUCCCCGAGUUCAUGCCCAGCGAGUCGCUGCGGCCGACUACAGCCACAAGUCCGAGACGGCAAUUCGGCGGAAGCAGCGGCAGAUGACCAAGAAGUGGACUGCGAUGAGGGAGCUCAACAGCACCAUGUCUUUGCCGGUCAUGCGUGCACUGAGCGGGAUGCCAUCGUCGUUGCUACCCGCUCAGCACUCGCCGCGGACAGAGUCGGCUUCGCCAGAGAGACCUCCAGCCCCAGCGCCGUCGCCGAGGCUUCGGCGCACGGAUGACCACGACCCUCGCGACUUCUGCGACGACCGCCUCGCGUUCGAGAACACGAAAUUCUCUUUGUGACAUCGGGGUCACGCGCAUAUUUCAACCAGGCGUCUGGAGACGGCAAGCUUGGGGAUUCCAGUUAGAUUCGGCCAAUACCAGUUAGCCUUGCCUCUCCAAGAAUUGCGUUCCAGAUGUCUACUGGGUCAUUCUGAGUUUGGCGGCCAUAUCUCACGGAACCCACUGCCAAGUCAGAGAUUGACAAUUGUUCUUCAGAGUGCACACGAGCGUGCCCACAUUAUGUCUUACAUUUCUUCCGCAACUGUAUAAGUGCUUUUGCGUUCUAGGCGAUUCUACGCCCUGUGAAUUCGAAGCAUUGCUUCGGCAUUGCGUGCACUGAAUAAUUUCAACCAAUGAGGUUCAACUGUACCUCAAACAGUAGCGAUGAUCAAUCCGUGGAGCGACAUUUGGAGCAGACAACGCAGCAACAUGCCCGGUGGCCACCACGCUGCCGCUACCUCGCCACUUCGAGUCCUCUUUACCCUCUACCAGCAUGUUUUGUUUCAUUCUGGAGAGCUGGGCUCUCCGCAACCUUGAUUCCUUCACUUACGUAAGUGAGUGCAGUGCUUACUGCAACAGCCGCAGCUAGCGUCCACAGGCGGCGAACACAUUGUGCAGCGCUUAUUGCAGUGCUUAGUAUUUGGCGUCCACAGGCGGCGAAUACUGUCUCUCUGUAAAAAACAGAUACGCUUGACGAAGCAUGCGGAACUCCCCAGAAGCUCCUCAGAUGCCGUCGCGCGCCUGUGCUUGAUAGCGUUGUCCAAGAUCGUCCAGCGCCCCCCCCUGCCCAGCGCAUUCGUAGCGUGGCUCCGGCGUGUGUAUUGGCCAAGUACUCAUUUUGGCUGGCCAGCCUCGCCUGCCGCACUAUACUCGUCUUGUUGCUUGAUCAGCGCGCGUUUGAUGCGUUGAUUGGCGGUUGGCGCGUAUCUGGCCAACACGCUGAGGUCUCACAAUGCAACGAUGCAUGAUACCAGGGUGCCCGCGGAAAAAAACAUAG